GUUUUGCUUGAAGGACUGUGGCGUCGCUUGUCGCCAUAUUGGAAACCUCGAGAGCGUGCAAGAUCGCCGAAAGACGGAGUUCCCGUAAUAUCUCACAGGUGAACAGCGCGUCCGAGGUGAGGAUGUGGGCGGCCUUGGUCCUCGUGAUGGCAGCCUCGGUUCCAGUCACUCCCUAUUCCUUCAGGGGUUUGGAUCCUUCGGAAGUCCUGUUCGAAAACCUGGAAACUGAGGAGUUGGACACGCUUCUCGACUCUGCUAUUGAGAACCUGCAGAGGGACAUCAUUGCCAUUUACGAAGACCAACUCCGCCUCCACCACCGCAAUGUGCGCAAUCUUCACCGGGGCCGAAGAAGUACCGAAGACCUUGCCUCUCCUUACCUCGACCAAGAAUACUGGCACAGCUACUACUAUGACCUGGACGUAAACAACAGACAAAUGCUGACCGUCGACAAUAUCACCGCCCAGAUGGAUCCUGGCAGCCUGAACAUAAGUGACGUCUUCGCUGUUAAUGUGCGGGGCAUGCCCUUUAUAUAUCGGAGCGACUCGGGAAAGGGCUAUGCCAUCGGAGCCGAAAAGAUGGAACCGCUUUACCUUACGAAUAACUGGACCAACAGUCGGACUGGAUGUCACUGCGACGUCGAUGGGUCCAUGAAUUGCGCUUGCUGCAGACCGGGUGGGUGUCAGUGUCGCCAGUCGGAGGGUCAUUCGGGGUCAGCUUGUGUCAAGUGCGGCAAGAAAUCACAAAACCCCAAGUGUAUCAAAGCUGAGCCGGAGCAUUUAUUUGUCGACGCAGCUGUGGGUUUUGAGCACUACAACUAUUACUUUGACAUGGAGGAAGGCCUGGUGAAUAAUGUCGUCAUAGCCCAUGGGAAUACCGUGUCGCUGUACAGAGUUGGCUUCGAUUCGCUGGAAAAGAUGAACGAAAUGGUAAGCCUGAGCUCUGUGAGCCUCGCCGAGAACGUCAAAGACUUGGGUUACGGCGAGGUCUACCUGAAUCACGGCGGCCGCCACGAGAAGCUCCGAUUUCUCGUGGUCUUCUGCGAACACAGCGAACUUCACAAAGUCUUCAUGAUCACCUUUCAUAACACGGAGCCGUUUUUAGGCUUGUCUACGACGUGGAGUUCAGAAGGUACCGAGAUGCAGUCAUGGCAAAGCGGCACGCGUUUUAUGCUGGGGGUCUUGAACGGAACUAGUAUACACAUUCACGAACUUGUGGUAUCAGAUAUAUACGAUCAAGCGAUUCGUCAUGUGCAAGAACUGAGAUUCGAGGAAGAGAUUAUAUCGUGGAAGAGUUACCGUGCGGGUGCCUGGGACUACCUGUUGCUCGCCUCCCGCAACCUCGUCCGCGUCUUCGUGCAGCUGGGGACUUACUAUGAGCCACUGCAGGACCUGUUGCCUGCUGCCGGGAUGACCCACUUUGAAGGGAUUGUGCCCGUCAUUAUCCCGCCUUUCCAGGGCAAGUUCUUACUGCUCGCCGGGUCCGGAAGCCGAGCGGUCGCUUAUGCGUUCAAGGGCCCCCAACACGCAAGAGGCGAAGUGUAUGCUGCUCUGCGACAACAGUUAGACACAGUCUUUGCCGGAGACGUGGGCGUGGUGAUCAAAGACUGGGAUUUGGGGAGCUUGUACUCUCAGAAUUCUUCGAUGGUAGUCUUACCAGGUGAGUCCGGCCUCGUCCGCGUAAGUCUUGACCUGAAAUUGGUUGAUGUUGCGGACCCUGUCAAGUUGCAAACACUCGAAAUGCAACGAACCAUUGAUGAAUUAGAGGCUUUGCACAAGAACCAGGCAUUUAUCAUGGAUUUGGCGGAGGACCGACUCGCGCACUCAGUGGAGGGCCAGACCGAAAUCAGUGGCGAGAUCACCAUUCGCGAUAUAAACGUGGACAUUAAACUCGAGACCUCAACAAUGAGCUCAACCACGAUCACCAUCCACCACCAAGACGCCAAUGGCACUUCAAGAGAACAAAUGUAUGACGAUUACAUACAGGAGAUUGCUGACGUAGAAAACCGGUUGAUUGAUUUGGACUCGCAGCUGAAGACUCUGAACAACACGCUUGACGAUGCAGUAAGUAUUCACGGCAGCGAGCGCCUGGUGGAGGGUUCGAAGACUGUGGUGCAAGGUGGGCUGUCAGUGGACAUUCUGUUAGCUCAUGAGGCAACACUGCAUGACACUGUAGACGUCUCUGGUGAACACUACCCACUCACUCAGACGCUGCUUAGUAUUAUCCGGGUAAACGAUUCACGCAAGAUCUCUGGCAAGAAAACCUUUACAUCUGGACUGAACGUAACUCACCUCAAUGCAGGCUUUCUAGACGAUAUUCUCGUGGAUGAUAUUUUAACUACUUCCGGCACACAACAGGUGUCUGGCACAGUUAUUAUGAACACCCUCAGAGCACAUAAUAUCACCCUUCCUGAUGGGGGAACUGUUGGAGGCAUUGACCUGUCGGAAGAACUGGUUCUUCUUGAUAGAGACGCCAUAUUAGAUCAGUGCAUAUUCGGAAGUGGUGCUGUAGUGAGAGGAAAUGUAGAAAUGCUUUCGGGCAUAGUCAGUGAUACGAAUAUCACUCAUCUGUUUGAAGAUUCCCUGCGUGUAUCUGGUGGCGGCUCUGUAUCAGGCACCUUGCUCUUCAGUGGAGUCUUGUCAGUGGAACAACUCGAGGCUGGAGCCAUAAUGGGAGUUAAUACUUCAGAGUUCAUGUCCUCGACGGUCUUCGUAAACAAACCAGCUACUUUGGAAGGAGUGCUUUCUGUGCCCUUGCAAGUGACUGUGGAGAAUGACUUGCUAAUUAGAGGCUUAGUUAAUGGAGAACCUUUCCCAGGUAAUGACUUCCUUUUGAAGACGACAAAUACGACCCUAAACUUUGGGUCAAAGCGGUUCCAUAAUGUGAGCUUUGGAACAGUGAGUCUCUUACCAGGAGCAAAGGUAGAGGGUUUGGACACGAGUAGUCUGGUCACUCUUGACACUCCCCAGGAUAUUACAGGGAGGAAGGUCUUUUCUCGAGGAAUAGAAGUUCUGGGAGACCUAGAUAUUGACAUGAAAAGAAUCGAUGGAGUAAAUCUAGACGAACUGAAUGCAAGUCUCUCCAGCUCAUCGUAUCUGGAAGACCUGAUGAUAGACUUGGUGUUUGAGCAACCAGUUCAGGUCCCUGCUUUGUCUUAUGGUGAAAACUUUAAUGGGCUUGACUUGCUCGAGAUUGCUGAUGACGUUGUGUACGAUGAUGAACCUUUGGCCGUCUUAUCAGGCUUAAAGUUGUUCACUGGGGGAGAGCUAGAAAUUGCAAGUGCUGACUUUGAAAGCACUUUCAACGGCCACAAAUUCGAAGAUAUUGUGACGACCAGUAGUGCCAGUACAAUAACAGGAAAAACAACCUUUGAAGAUCAUGUUACAUUCAAUUCGAUACAAGUGAAUGGUAUGGUAGAUGGUGUCAACUUGGACCACUUUGUAAACUCGUCCCUGUACUUGGACAAAUCAAGACAGUUGGUUACAGGAAAGAAAACCUUCACAGACCUAUUAUUUACUGAAGAAUUAAAUGUGACCGGGAAAGUGUCUGGUGUUGAUUUUACGAGGGUCUUCACCAAGGCAGGCAACCAAACAUUUACUGCCCCUCAGUCAUUCAACUAUGCUACUUUCAGUGAUGUUGAAACCCAUCAGAUAGACCUUUUGGAAGGUUUCACGGUGAAUGGUAUUGACAUCUCUGAACUGAAUGACAUUCGUGUUAGUCUGAAGAACCACACUGAGCAUUUUGGUGAAUUGACUGUCAACAACACCGUUUCAGUUUCGAGCUCUUUUGUGGCAGGCAUGAUAAAUGGUUACAAUAUCUGGAGUCUGAAGGAAGAUAUUGUUACGGACAUUGGCUCCUCGGAAAUAUUCUCGGAUCUGAUUUUCAAUGACUUGCACGUACUGGGACCUGUUACGACUGAGGAUAAAGUUGGUGCCAAUGGUCUAAACAUUAGUGAUAUUGAUAGAAAUGCCGUUAGUCUCGCUUCCAAUAACACAAUGACUGGCAGUGCAACAUGGUCUGAUUUAGACCUUCAAGGUGACAUAACUGUGGAAGGACUUGUCAACAAUUGGAAUCUACAAGCUCUUAGUAACAACACUGUCUUUAGGUAUACAGAUACUUCUCAAAAUAUCACAGACACAAAGACCUUUACGAAUGGGUUUCACGUAAAUGGCAAUAUCAACGCAGAAACGACCAACGGUGUAGAUCUGAGUACCAAACUUCUUACUCUCCAUACAGACCAAAACAUCACGGGUAUUUACACCUUCCAUAACUUGGAAGCCAAAAAGAAUUUGACUCUUGAAAAUUUCAAUGGAAUCCAACUAGAUGACAUAGCAGCUAUAGCUCUGAAAAAUCCUGGUAACCACAGCAUUGUAAAUAUGAAUUUCCACGAGGAAGUAAAUGUCAGCCACCUCGAUCUGAAAAGUACUUUAAACAACUUGAGCGUGGAUGAAGUGUUAGACGAUGCAGUGUCAUUGCAAGAUCUUAGCGUGGUCAUAACGGGAAAGAAGAACUUCACGUCAAACACGACCUUCAGUAACAUCAACUUGAAUAAUCUCAAUGACAGAAAUUUCGACGACUUUUUGAGCCACUCCAUACUUAGGUUUAGUCCAAGGGCCAACUUUACUUCUGAUAUUACUGUGAAUGGUACUGUGACUGCAACUUCGGUCGUCUCCUCUUCCAUAGCCGUUAAGGGUACGAUUGAUGAAAUUGAUCACAGGCAUUUGCUGGAAAAUGCCGUUUAUGUUAACCAAGACUACCACUUCAACAAGUCCAUCCUGUUCUCUGGAAAUCUAUCCUCCUUCGGUAACAUCAACGUGACCUCCCUGAACGAAGCAGACCUCAUGACGGAUUACCUGCUUGUCUCACGGAGCCAAAACUUCACGAGGGAAGUGACGAUGAACAACAUUAUCACUUCAAACGUCUCCGUAGAAGGGAAAGUUAACGGGUAUUACUUGCCUGACGAAGUAUUGACUACCAUGAAGCGAAUUCGUGGGCAGACCGUGACAGGUUCCAUGACUAUAACGACCCCGGUGGAGGUCCUGAAGCAGGUUCAUGUUACAGGACUGACUGGAAACCAUGAAAAUUGGGUUGACUUGUCCGAGCAAGUAGUCUACCUCAAUGACAGCGCCGAAAUCCAAGGCUCUUUAACCUUCAGCAAGCCCCUCAGAGCAGCCAACGUGUCCAGUUCCAGCAGUGUGUUGGGCGGGGUGGACGUUCAGGAACUCUUUGCCAAGGCCUGGUACGUCGACGCCCCUGCUCUUAUCACUGCGGAUCUGAGCUUCAUGGCGCCUGUUCAGCUCUCGGACGGGCUCGUUUGUAAAGUCGAACACGCAGCCGAGGGAAUAUGCAAGCUUCUGAAUGACACUGAGGCCGCUCUCUCAAGGUUCAACGCAUUGCAAGAUAUGAUGAAGACGGACUUCGCCGAGCGGUGUCCCUCGGCGACGCAGAUGUUCACGAAGCUGGAGAAUUCGAUCUUCGAGGGCGACCACUUCGUCUCCGUCCGCGAGGCCUCGACGCCCUUCGCCCACCACGCCUCGACGUCCUUUACCGUCUCCGACAAGACUUACGUCGUCAUGAGUUGGGAAGGACGAUGCGAUUCCACACUAUUUGAGUUCAAUUCCUCUUCGGAAGCUCUUGAACCCCUUCAGACACUCCAGGAGUCUGGAUACGCGCAUGAUUGGCUGUUUAUUGAAACUCCUGAACAGGCGUUCGUGGUCAUGUCAGCAUCCGAUGAAAACAACAGCUGUAGUCAAAGCAGCACAAUCGUUUUCGAAAUGAAGGAUGGGAAGCUUGUCACUUACCAAGAGCUGAACGCAGGAGACAGGCUCACGAAAACGUACAAGAAGAACGGCGACCUGCAACUGAGCAUUUAUUCCGCCGCGCGAAGUUGGGUUUAUCUUUUCAACGCUGAAACUCGCCUCUUCGAAGAGAUUGAUUCCGUGGACCGGCAGUUCGACGUAGCGACGAGCCUAACGACGCAGGACGGUGUCUCGGUUCUGUUCUGGAGUGCGGGCGGCCUCGGGUCCGUCCAAGUGGAGGGCUUCGUCGAGCGGGUGGCGGCUGUGGACGUGGCGCGGGUGGAGGACGCGGUGUUGGUGGAGCAACGUGGCCAUGUGUUCCUGGUGGCGGCUGUGACGCAGUCCCUCACCACAGGGGACACGCACCACGUCGAGCUGUACUCCGUGGACGUCAUCAAGGGUGAAGUGUCAUGGCACGACUCGGUUCAGCUCUCGACGCCCGCUUCCGUGACAGCCCUCCGCGCCGGCAGCGAGUCUUCCGGGGCUGCUGUGGUCCUGGCUGUGCAAGAAGACAGGUUCCCCGUCGUCUACACUAUAUUGGGCGAGAGACUACGCCAGAUGACGGAGCUAAGCACGCCUCGGGUCCGCUGGUCGCUCUUCGUAAACGUUCCUGGCCAAACGUUCCCCGCCGUCCCGAGGCAUUACCUCCUCCUGGGCCAAGAGGGCAACGCGACUGUCUUGGCGCGCCUGGAGAUGCUGGGCAGGGCGGUUCCCAAGCAUGACCUGACUUGUGACCUGAGCUCUUUAACGGACCUAGAGAGCUUUUCGAACUUGGACACGAUCAGAAGUCUGUAAAGAACAUCAGAGGAAGUUUAUUGGCAUUGAUUGUUUUGUUAUUGUAAAUAGGGACGCGAUUUAUUGUUAUGUUUGUGUCUAUUUUGUUAUUGCAAUCAAAAGUUUGAUUUACUACAGAUAGGAGUCCGAAUGCGUCCGAAUGUGAUUUUAGUCUGGCUAAUGAUUAUUGUACUUGAUCUAAAAUUGUUGUUGAAUAUGUAAAGAUUUUAUUUUUGGUAAAUCUACGUUUUAAUCGAAA